AUGGGCAACGUCUCUACCAAACAGGACGAGAGCUCGCCUCUGAUCUUGACCGAUCAAGCGCGAUGUUGGUCGCUGCACAAUCGCUUCCUCUAAUUGCUGGGCUAAUCACCGCGCAGUCACUGUCGCCGGCAUCAACAUCACCAAUUCGCGCGGCCAGACAUUGCUACGCUUAUCGCCAAAUGCAUACCCAGCAACCAGAUAUGUCGCCGCCAGAGACGCAGGCGACGACACUCCUAUCGACUAUGUACAGGUGAGAAUAGAGGAGCUCAAGAGGCUCUUCGCAUGCGCUGACCAUCCUGCGCAGGAUCCUGAGAGCGUAGCCAGCGGCCUCCCUCCCUCCUUCCUCAUACGACUAUCCCACAACGACGACCUCAACUUCCACUUCACCUUCGUCCUCCGCCAGCAAUGCCAGCCGAACGGCACCGCAGCCAAUGCCUCAACAUCGACGGCAGCAGUCACAGACACUCAGAUAUCUGGAUUGACGUACAUCUUUGCAUCUACGCCUAAAGAGGUGGAGAAUCUGGUAGUGCGAGAGUUCCACUCAGACCCGAAUUUGCACAAGAACCCCAACGUACAACUGCUAGGAGACUAUGCGACAGCGGGAAACUCGAGUGCGUCUUUCACUUGGACUUGGAAAUGGCGGCCGCCCAAGCAAUCCGAGGACAGAGGAGGGGGAUGGCGAACCAGCUGCAGCUUCGCCGAGUACAACCAGCGCGCACACAGGCUGGACACCCUGGCGACAUUCAACUUUUGGGUGCAAAAUACUCAGCGGUACCUGAGCUCGGCGCCGAAAUCCCCCCGGCUGAGCAGCAGUCUCGAGGUUAAUAUGCCUCCUCGACUGCGCGUGCCUUCCACUCAGUCAAUCGAGUCGCGCGUUAGCAACGUCAGCGACUCCGAAGGCGAAGGAACGUACAAGGAUAUCAAAGAGCCGCAAUCGCCGACCUUCGAGGCCAUCCCUGAGAAUGGAUUCGACCUGGCGCCCUCGUUGACUGCUGCCUCUGUUGCUCCGGUCAAAGUCGAUGUGGCAACCUGCAAGCCUGGAGAACAUCCGUCGCUUAACGAGGAUGGACCGCUCUUCCGGGCGACGAUGAAAUCGCUUGAGCAAAAGACUGGCCACAUGAGGAUGAGGAUGAAGAGAGUUCUCAAGACUGCUGAGGCUGCGCAAUCCGCCCAGCAGGCAUGCAAUCAGGCUGUUUCGGACUUCACACAGGCGCUCAAGGAUGCCUCGAGUUCCAAUGCCAAUGCUGUGCAGCCUGCACUCGAGCACUACUUCGAGAAGAUUGCCAAGCAGAUCUUGGACUACGAAAAGCAGAACACGGUCAAUCUGCAGAAGCUCAUCAUCGAUCCGAUCAGCAAGUUGUACAAUCUCGAGAUCAAACAAGCCGACUUCAAGAAGCGAGAGUUUGACGAGGAGAGCAAGGAAUACUAUGCUUACGUCUCGAAGUAUCUGGGCCAGCGAACCGAAUCGAUGAAGGAGAAGAAGCAAAAGUCAAGCGACGAGAAGUACCAAACGAAGCGGAGGACGUUCGAGCUCAGACGCUUCGACUAUUCAAGCUUCAUGCAUGAUCUACACGGUGGCCGAAAAGAUCAAGAGGUGUUAUCGCAGUUGACGAAGUACGCCGAAGCGCAGACGAAGAGCUACCUCUCGACAGCGAAGAAGGUGGAAGAGAUGGUUCCGCAGCUUGAUGCCCUGGUGGCUGAAGUGAAGAUUGCGGACCAAGACUUUCAACUUCUGCGUCAGGACCGGGAAGAGAAGCGGCGCAUGCUGGAGACAAGCACCAAGCUCAUUAGCGACGAGGGCACUGUCGUUCCUCCGGGUCUCUCUCACUCCUCCUCCGUCAGGGAAUCGUUUCGGCCCGGCGAGGCAGAAUCAUAUCGCGCUGUCAGUAUCGGUGCUGGAUCGAUGUCAACCUCUCCUCCAAGCAUAGGAGCACCAGCAGUGCAGCUACCGGCGAACGGCAUGCUCACCACGCCUGUCAACAACACCGCAGCGCUGUCUAGCAGCCCGAAUGACAAGUUCAAGGGCAUUCGAGAUCUGCAAGAUAACAGCGGCGCACCUCAGAAUGGGUCCAUGCGGAGAGAAGGACUCCUCUGGGCACUGAGUAGGCCUGGAAGCCAUGUGGACCCGAAGGGCAUCACCAAGCCAGGUUGGCACAAAUUCUGGAUCGUGCUUGACCAAGGCAAGCUCUCAGAGUACGUCAAUUGGAAAGACAAGCUCGAUCUGCACAUGGAACCCAUUGACUUGCGCAUGGCCUCUGUGAGGGAAGCCCGGAACUCCGACCGCCGCUUUUGCUUCGAGGUUAUCACUCCACAAUUCACGCGAGUGUAUCAAGCGCCAUCCGAAGACGACAUGCGAGCUUGGAUUGGAGCAAUCAACAACGCUCUGCAAGGCGCUUUUGAGAAUAAGAAUCAACAGCUGCCCAGCACGCCAUCUCCAGCAGGGCAAUCUUCUCACCGGAAGGAUAUUGCUGCAGUAUUGACUGGCAAGAGCUCGUCAUUCUCCGGCCACCGGCAAACCUCGAAUCCUAACAAGAGCGAGGCAACAAAGGCGGUCAACAGAUAUGCUAGCACCGGCGACAAACCGGCAUACAAACGCAACGAGAGUGCCGAUGCAGAGCCUUCGGCGCUGCUACAGCGAAUCCGGAACGCAGACGAAGGCAACAAAGUCUGCGCUGACUGUGGUUCUGACAACAAGGUGGAUUGGUGCUCGAUCAAUCUGGGUGUGCUACUUUGCAUUGAAUGUAGCGGCAUACACCGCUCUCUCGGUACCCACAUCUCCAAGGUGCGGUCACUAACGUUAGACACUGCUGCCUUCACGCCUGAUAUCAUCGAGGUGCUGCUGCUUGUGGGCAAUCGCGUAAGCAACAUGAUCUGGGAAGCCAAACUGGAUCGCUUCUUGAAGCCUGCUCCACAUUCGACGAGAGAUCAAAGGCUUCACUUCAUCACAGCCAAGUACAGCGACCGCACGUAUGUGCAAGCUGCUACUGGCACGCAAACACCAGAAGACCAUCUUCUGACUAGCAUUAAGAAGAACGACAUUCAGAACGUGUUGCGUGCUCUGGCGCAACGAGCGAAUCCAAAUGCGCAUGACAGGGUGCGAUCAACGCAUGCAGUCUAUUUGGCGCUUGCUGCAGCCGACCCUGCCUCGCCGGGUGGAGGCUAUGCUCAUUCGCCGUCGCUAUCGGCAUCAAGCAUUCGUGUGCCGUUUGGUCAAGGGUCAGCAGUCACUCCACCAAGGCCAUCUAGCCCGAUGCCACGCAAACCUUUUCCCGUUGCAGAACUACUUCUUCAGAACGGCGCAGACAUACCGACCGAGCCGUCGCCAUUCCCACUCUCGGACUCCGCGAGAAUGUAUCUCGAGUUCAAGAACGACCAGAAACUGGGCAAGACCACCACGAGCGCGGGCAAGGACGCAAACGGCGAUAACCUUGGCCCGCUUCCAAACAUGGUGGUACGUGCUCCUCCGUUGAUCGAGACGUCUGCUGCAAAUAUACAUAGAUCUGCGGAGCCGUCCACUCCAAGGGUCCGCAUUCGCAGACUGCUAUGAGAUGAUUGUUGUCUUGAUCUUUGCUGACGUGGUACCAGGCCGGCAACGGACUUUCUCCCGGCAUGAAAGAUCGCGAGCGGCUGAUCAAGCGCAAUAGCGGCGGUCGCCCCAAGAGCCGAGCUAGUCUGGCCAGCGACGCAAUGGAGUCCAUGAAGAAGUAG